GGUCAACCUGGAACUUGUGAUUCUCCUACCUAAGCCUCCCUAGUACUGGGGUUACAGGCAUGCACCAUUACACACAGCUGACUGUGCACUUUGAACCCCUCCUGUGCUGUGCUCAGUUCAGUUUUCAGAGCCUCUGUGGUGCUUCUCUGUGGUGGAGGCACCAUCUGGGGUCUGUCUGAGAGGUGAGUGUGGUCUGCCAUGCAGGGUUAGGACCAUCUCAGUAUGGCCCGUGUGUUCUCAUGCAGCUGUGUGCACACCUGACUGCACUUUCCUCCUAUCCACAAUGCUUUUUCUUGCCCUGUGGUUGUUAUGUAUGCUUCAGCAUCUUGUGACUGAGUCCCCCCUGGGCCAGGACGGGAUGGAGAGUGAGCAUGCUUGGACCCACACCAGACCUAUGCCCUAGAGUCAGGAGGGAAGCCUUUUCUCCUGACUUGGGUGCCACCAUCGCAGAGCUGGAAAAAGGGCUUGAGUUUGCCUAAAGGCAGGACCAGCAGGGGGGGAAAAGGACUUGGGACCCUGGAGGAGUGUCACUGCUAACCCUGGGUGUCCUAUUUGACGAAGCCAUGGCAACCCCAGAUGUGAGUGUCCACAUGGAGGAGGUGGUGGUUGUGACGACUCCAGACACCGCGGUUGAUGGCAGUGGUGUGGAAGAGGUGAAGACAGUGCUGGUAACAACGAACCUGGCCCCUCAUGGGGGCGACCUCACAGAAGAUAACAUGGAGACAGAGAACGCAGCAGCUGCAGCUGCAGCAGCCUUCACAGCCUCCUCACAGCUCAAGGAAGCAGUGUUAGUGAAGAUGGCUGAAGAGGGGGAGAACUUGGAAGCUGAAAUUGUAUACCCCAUCACCUGUGGAGAUAGCAGAGCCAACCUUAUCUGGAGAAAGUUUGUCUGUCCUGGCAUCAAUGUGAAAUGUGUUCAGUAUGACGAGCAUGUGAUCAGCCCAAAGGAGUUUGUGCACCUGGCAGGGAAGUCCACCCUGAAGGACUGGAAGAGAGCCAUCCGAAUGAACGGUAUCAUGCUCAGGAAGAUCAUGGACUCUGGAGAGUUGGACUUCUACCAGCACGAUAAAGUAUGUUCCAAUACCUGCCGCAGCACCAAGAUUGACCUCUCUGGGGCCCGCGUGUCCCUUAGCAGCCCCACAUCUGCCGAGUACAUCCCGCUCACACCAGCUGCAGCUGACGUGAAUGGCUCACCUGCCACCAUCACCAUAGAGACUUGUGAGGACCCUGGUGACUGGACCACAGCCAUUGGAGAUGACACAUUUGCCUUCUGGCGGGGGCUGAAGGAUGCCGGCUUGCUGGAUGAGGUUAUACAGGAGUUCCAGCAGGAGCUGGAGGAGACCAUGAAAGGCCUGCAGCAGCGAGUGCAGGACCCCCCAUUGCAGCUGCGAGAUGCUGUUCUCCUCAACAACAUCGUGCAGAACUUUGGCAUGCUGGACCUGGUGAAGAAGGUGCUGGCCAGCCACAAGUGCCAGAUGGACCGCUCACGGGAGCAGUAUGCCCGGGACUUGGCAGCCCUGGAGCAGCAGUGUGAUGAACACCGCCGCCGCGCCAAGGAGCUGAAGCACAAGUCCCAGCACCUCAGCAAUGUGCUCAUGACGCUGACCCCUGUCUCCCUGCCAUCCCCCAUGAAGCGGCCCCGGCUCGCACGGGCCACAUCUGGACCAGCUGCCAUGGCCUCACAGGUGCUUACACAGUCUGCACAGAUUGCCCUUGCCCCGGGCAUGCCCAUGUCCCAGCUGACGAGCGUGCCACUUGGCAAGGUGGUGUCUACGCUGCCCUCCACAGUCCUGGGAAAAAGCUCCCCUCAGGCACCCCCAGCCAGUUCACCAGCCUCCCCACUUCUUGGGGGCUACACAGUCCUGGCUUCCUCAGGCUCUACCUUUCCCAGCACAGUAGAGAUCCACCCAGACACGUCCAGCCUCACGGUGCUGAGCACAGCUGCCAUGCAGGACGGGAGCACAGUGCUGAAGGUGGUCAGCCCGCUGCAGCUACUCACCCUGCCUGGCCUGGGCCCCACCCUGCAGAGCGUGGCCCAGGCAUCAUCCGCAGGCAGCACGAUUGUGACAGUGCCCACGGCGGCUGCCCCAGGGCCUGAGGAACACGCGGCCACCAUUGAGGUGGCUGCUGUGGCGGGGGACCACGAGCAGAAGUAGCUGGCAGAGGGGGCGAGGCCCCAGGGUGGAUGGACUGGCUGCCUCUCUUCAGGCCGCUGCAGGCAGAGGCCGCGGGACUGGCUCGGCACAGGCAGGUCUCAUGGGCUGAACCAAAGAGAGGAAUUGCCAGGUGAAUCAAGAGAAGAAAAAAAGAAAAGGGACAGAGUGAUGCCAGCAACCUGGAAAACCAGUCUUCAAGUUCAAAACUUACUCCCCUUUUUUCUUGGGAAAUAUACUUUUCCAUCUGUUGCUUAUUAUCCUGUUUACACAUUGGGCCUUGAACAGGAGGUGGGGGACAAGGACCAAGAGGAGGCCUGGGUGCACCCAGUGAAGCGGCAGACCUGAGGUGGCGGCGCCUGAGACCCUGUAGUUACGGGUGGCACCAAAGCCCAGCUGAGGCCUGGUGCGCCCCUGCCAGGCCUUCUGGGGCACAUUACUGACACAUGUCUUGGGGACUGUACCCAAGUGUGGUAACCCAUGGAUCCUAUGGAUUUGGUUUCUUCCCACAGUUUUCUGUAGGUUUAGUGUGGCCAGUGCCCACUCUCCUGCUGGUGUGGGAACAUGCCCCCAGAGCUGGGGUGCAGACCCCAGGUGGGGCCCCCUCUCCUCUCCCUACAGGUGCUCAGGUGUGGUCUGGGCGCCUUUGCACAUGGGUUGCAGGUGUUUUUAAGUGAAUUCCUUAGUAGGCUUCUAGGAAGAAUCAAAUUUAUAGCAUUUUCAACCAAAAUAAUGCUGAGUGCCUAGGCUUCCCAAGUUGGCUCUGGGAGGGACCAUCGGUCCUGUAUGUGCACUAGUCAGGUGCCCGAGAUCCUGGGCAGAGCUCUUCCCAAGACGAAGCUUUGUGGAGGGUUUCUGUGGGGGUAUGCCUUCAGACUUGGGGUGGCUUGGAAGGCCUCUGGUGUGCAGCUUUCUGUUGGAGCUCCCGUAAUAGCCCUCAUCUCCCUGAGUCACCCUAGGGGUAGAACAGAGACCCCCAAGCUGACACUCAGUGUUUCCUGUCCCCAGAAACAUCGCCAGGCCAUGUGGGGAGGCUGCCCAGACCGUGUUCAGAACAAGUGAGGAGAGGGGGGACCAGGAUGCUCAAGGAAGAGUAGGUGGGAGGUGGGAAAGGCCAUCCUAACAGGCCAGAGGGCCCUUCUUCAGGAAGAAUGGAACCUAGCCUAUUGUAGGGUGUCUUAGACAGAUCCUUGAGCUUGUCUCUAGACAUUCCUGCUGGUUCUGUGUCAGCUGAAGAUCUUCCUCUCUGGGGCUUUACAGUGGGAGAGGGCCUGAUAUUCCAUUCAUUGCUUUGAAGGGAACUGGCCAUCCUUUUGUCUGUCCAUCCAUCCCUUUUAACUGCCCAGACCUCACCCCCACACCUUUGCUGUGACCAGGGCUCCCUACUGCCUUCCCCACACUGUGUCAAGCUACUGAGGUUCUAUCUCUUGUUUUCCUUCUGUUAUAUUAUUGUUCACUGUGGUCAUGAUCAGUUGGUUUUGGCUGAUGUUUACCUGUUUGUGUACAUAUUCCUUUUAAAACACUUUUUUUUGUUGUUGUUGCAAGCCCUGUUUCAUGUGGCACUUUGUCCCUAUGGGCAUCAAGAGGGCCUGCAGAGUGGGUGCUGCCCAGCAAGCACUUCAGUCCCCACCCCACCUGCUCCGAUCAGAUUAGACACCAUCACCAAUAAAACACCUCCUGCCCUGGGGACCAGUGACCUUGCAGAGGCUUUCCUUGCUCUGUCUUUGGAGUUGUGGGUUGGACAAGAUUGGGACAUUUUCAGCCUUUACCCCUUAGUCCAUGGAGGUACUGGAAGAUGAAGUUAACUUCAGAGCCAUAUAAAAAAAGCCCCAAACCAGCUUUGGAAUUGAUUCCCAGUUCCUCUGACCCUUGUAGCCACUCACAGACAUCUCUCCAGCCUAGCCUCGUGGGCUGUUCCUGGCAAGGGAAGAGAGGGAACCCAGCACUAGGGGAGGAGUUGUGGACAGUGCCCCACCACUUGCUUGUGCCUGCCUCCUGCAGGUCCUGCUGGCUCCUCAGGGUCGCUGGCCCCCCUGCAGGGCUGGCCAGGCCUCUGGAGAGAAAAAGCCUUCCUGUCACUUGCAGACACGGGUGUUCAUGGCUGCCUUCUGUUUGGGUUUUGCAGAGGGUACAAGCUUCUCCUUGGGCUUGUCAGGGGCACUGGGAAAAGCAGUGUUUGAGUUCCACUUUGUGUGUUGUUUUUGCAAGUAUCUGCUUGGUACUUUAAUUUGAAAUAAAAACUUUUUUUCCUAA